AUGCGGAUUAACUGUACUAAGGAUUACCGAAGCCUUUGGAUUAUCGUUGGUAUCAUUGUUUUGGCCCUAAUACAAGGAACAACAGGUGUUAUUCUAUCGUGCUCGCCUAGUCCAUGCAAAAAUGGUGGCACGUGCGUAUCACCUGCGAAAGAAGAUAGUUUUUGCAAUUGUACAUCGAAAUACGUAGGCGAGUACUGUCAAUAUCCGAAUCCCUGUCAUCCGUCGCAGCGGCCGCGCUGUCAAAAUGGCGGCUCCUGUCAGGUGCGCGUGUCGGCGGGCGAGGCGCCGUCGUUCACGUGUUCGUGUCCGCUCGGCUUCAGCGCCUCCUUGUGCGAAAUCAAAAUAGCCAAUUCGUGCGAUCAGAAACCGUGCCUGAACGGCGGCACCUGCUCCUUGCGAUCCUUGGAGUCCUAUCAGUGUUCCUGCGCUCCCGGAUAUACUGGGGAGCAUUGCGAGAAACAGGAUCAUUGCGCUUCGCAGCCCUGCCGCAACGGCGCCACCUGCGUCUCCGUCGGGGAUUCCUACAAGUGCACGUGCGCCCCUGGUUUUACAGGGGCGUCGUGCAACGUCGAUAAGGACGAGUGCAAGCACAAACCGUGCAGGCACGGCGUCUGUCACAACACCCACGGAAGUUACACAUGCACCUGCUCGGAGGGAUUCACCGGCAGGAAUUGCGAGAACGAAUACAUCCCCUGCGAGCCCAGUCCUUGCCAGAACGGCGGGGUGUGCAGGCGAAGGGACAAGCACACUUACACCUGCGACUGUCCAUCGGGCUUCCAAGGGACGAACUGCGAGGACAACAUCGACGAUUGCCCGGGCCACAAGUGCCAGAACGGCGGCGUUUGCGUCGACGGCGUCAAUUCGUACGCGUGCAAAUGUCCGGCGACGUACGCGGGGGCGCAUUGCGAACGCGACGUCGACGAGUGCUCGACGCGACCGUCGGUGUGCCAAAACGGCGCCACUUGCACCAACAGCAUCGGCGGGUUUUCCUGCAUCUGCGUCAACGGUUGGACGGGACCCGAUUGUUCCGUCAACAUCGACGAUUGCGCCGGCGCCGCUUGCUUCAACGGCGCCACCUGCAUCGAUAGGGUCGGCAGUUUUUAUUGUCAAUGUACGCCAGGAAAAACCGGACUUUUGUGCCAUUUGGACGACGCUUGUACGAGCAAUCCCUGUCACGCGGACGCCAUUUGUGAUACCAGUCCCAUAAACGGUUCGUACACAUGUAGCUGCGCUUCGGGAUACAAAGGAAUCGAUUGUUCCGAGGACAUCGACGAAUGCGAACAGGGUUCGCCGUGCGAACACGACGGCAUCUGCGUGAACACGCCGGGCAGCUUCGCCUGCAACUGCACCCAGGGAUUCACCGGACCGCGAUGCGAAACGAACGUCAACGAAUGCGAAUCGCAUCCCUGCCACAACGACGGCUCCUGCUUGGACGAUCCCGGAACGUUCCGAUGCGUCUGCAUGCCCGGUUUCACCGGCACCCAAUGCGAAAUCGACAUAGACGAAUGCAAAGACGAACCGUGCCUGAACGGCGGCAUCUGCCACGAUCUGAUCAACUCCUUCAAGUGCUCCUGCACGACGGGAUUCAACGGGUCCCGCUGUCAAAUCAACAUCGACGAUUGCGCGUCGAGUCCGUGCCGAAACGGCGGCGUUUGCCACGACGCCAUCGCUUCGUACACGUGCGAAUGCCCGCCCGGAUUCACCGGUAUGUCGUGCGAGACGAACAUCAACGAUUGCCUGUCGUCGCCGUGCCAGCACGGCGAGUGCAUCGACGGCGAGAAUUCGUUCACGUGCACGUGCCAUCCGGGCUACGCCGGUCCGUUGUGCCAACGGCAGAUCAACGAGUGCGAAUCGAAUCCGUGCCAGUACGGCGGCCUCUGCCAGGACCUCAUCAACGGGUACCAGUGCCUGUGCAAGCCGGGCACGUCGGGACGCAAUUGCGAGAUCAACGUCAACGAGUGCUACAGCAACCCGUGCAGGAACGGCGCCCGCUGCUUGGACGGCAUCAAUAGCUACACCUGCGAAUGCGUCCCGGGCUUCGUCGGCCGCCAUUGCGAGACCGACAUCGACGAGUGCGCCUCCAAUCCGUGCGCCAACGGCGGCGUCUGCAUCGACCUCGUCAACGGCUUCCGCUGCGAAUGCCCGCGCGGCUACUUCGACGCCCGCUGCCUCAGCGACGUCGACGAGUGCAAAUCGAACCCGUGCAAGCACGGCGGCUCGUGCGAGGACGGCGUCAACCGCUUCAUCUGCCACUGUCUGCCCGGCUACGGCGGCAAGCAAUGCGAGACCGACGUCGACGAGUGCGCCUCGAAUCCGUGCCAGCACGGCGGCGAAUGUCGCGACCGCCUGGCCUCGUACACGUGCGACUGCCCGCCCGGCUAUUCGGGCGUCAAUUGCGAGAGCAACGUCGACGAUUGCGCCGCGCAGCCGUGCGACAACGGCGGCUCGUGCAUCGAUCUGGUCGACGAUUUCAAGUGCGUCUGCGAGCUGCCGUACACCGGCCGAAGGUGUCAGGAGAUACUCGAUCCGUGCCGGCCGAAUUUGUGCCAGCACGGUUCGAAGUGUACGCCCAAUAAUAAUUUCUUGGAUUUCGUUUGUACGUGCGGCGCCGGCUACGCCGGUAGAUUCUGCGAUCAGGACGUCGACGAGUGCGUGUCGUUGAAACCUUGCAGGAACGGCGCCACGUGCAGGAACACCAACGGUAGUUACGCGUGCUCGUGCAUGCGCGGAUACGAGGGGAAGGAUUGCUCGAUCAACACCGACGAUUGCGCUUCGUCUCCGUGCCAGAACGGCGGCACGUGCUUGGACGAAUUGGGCGAUUUCCUCUGUCUGUGCAUCAACGGUUUCGAAGGCAAACAAUGCGAGAUCGACGUCGACGAGUGCGCCUCGCAACCGUGCCGGAACGGCGCCACCUGCAACCAGUACGUGGAUUCGUACACGUGCACGUGCCCGUUGGGUUUCUCGGGCAUCGAUUGUCAAACGAACGACGAGGAUUGCACCGAGAGCAGUUGCAUGAACGGCGGAACGUGCGUCGACGGCGUCAACAGCUACAUAUGCACUUGCAAACCGGGUUACACCGGUUCCAAUUGCCAGAACAGGAUAAAUUUGUGCGACAGUUCGCCGUGCCUGAACGGCGCCACUUGUCACGAUCACACCACCCACUACACGUGCCACUGUCCGUUCGGUUAUACGGGUAAAAAUUGCGGCGAAUACAUCGAUUGGUGUUCGACGAAUCCCUGCGAAAAUCACUCGACGUGUCGACAAGUUAAAAACGUCUACUCGUGCUCGUGCGGACCCGGCUGGACGGGUAAAGUUUGUGACGUGGAAAUGGUCAGUUGUAAAGACGCCGCCGCCAAGAAAGGCAUCCAUUGGAAAUAUUUAUGCAACAACGGCACGUGCGAAACGAUAGGCAACUCGCACCGUUGCCAUUGCAAAGAAGGCUACACGGGCUCCUAUUGUCAACAAGAAAUCAACGAAUGCGAAUCGGCUCCGUGCCAAAACGGCGCCACCUGUCGCGAUCUGAUCGGCUCGUACAGUUGCGCCUGUCCCAAAGGCUUCCAAGGCCAAAACUGCGAACUAAACGUCGACGAUUGCCGGCCGAAUCCGUGCCAAAACGGCGGCACCUGUCACGACGCCGUCGACGCCUUCCAAUGCUCCUGUCCGCCCGGCACCCUAGGCUACAUCUGCGAGAUCAACAUCGACGAUUGCCGCCCCGACUCGUGCCACAACGGCGGCACGUGCGUCGACCGCGUCGGCGGCUUCGAAUGCAAAUGCCCCGCCGGCUUCGUCGGGCCGCGUUGCGAGGGCGACAUCAACGAGUGCCUGUCGUCGCCGUGCUCCGACCGCGGUACGCUCGACUGCGUCCAGCUGAUCAACGACUACCGGUGCAACUGCAAGCCGGGCCGCGUCGGCCGCCAUUGCGAGCGCGAGGUCGACGCGUGCGCGACCUCGCCGUGUCGCAACGGCGCCGCCUGCGCCGCGACGUCGGCCGGAUACAAUUGCACGUGCACGGCGGGCUAUUGCGGCCGCCAUUGCGACCUGGCCGGUUGCGAUUGCGACGCGGUGCCGUGCAAGAACGGCGGCGUUUGCCGGCGAGCCGACGACGGUUACUAUUGCGAAUGUCCGCCGGCGACGACGGGCGCGAAUUGCGAGAUCGAUUCGGUCGACGAGUGCGCCAGCGAUCCGUGUUUGCAUCCCGAGGCCGAAUGCGUGAACCAAUUCGGCGAUUAUACGUGCCGUUGUCCGAGCGGGUACGUCGGUAAAAAUUGCGAGAUAUUCGACGCCGGUUCGCCCAAAGUACUACGAACGCUACAGGAUUUCUACGCCGUCGAUUUGGAGAAACAACGGCAACAGUGCAAGCGGAAUAAAUGCCAAACGAAGCGCGGCAACAUGCGAUGCGACCAGGAAUGCAACACGUACGCGUGCGAUUUCGACGGUAACGAGUGCACGUUGGGCAUCAACCCUUGGGCGAAUUGCACGGCGCGCAUCAAAUGCUGGGACGUGUUCAUGGACGGCGUUUGCAACGAGGAUUGCAACAAUCCCGAAUGUCUGUUCGACGGCAGAGAUUGCGAGAGGAAACUGCAGGCCUGCAAUCCGAUCUACGACGCCUACUGUCAGAAACACUACGGCAACGGUUACUGCGAUUACGGUUGCAACAACGCCGAAUGCAACUGGGACGGUUUGGAUUGCGAAAAGGAACCGCCCGAAUUGGCCGACGGCGCUAUCAAAAUGACGAUACUGAUGGACGCCGAGAGUUUCCGCAAGAAUCUGGUGGCGUUCCUUCGGGACAUCGGCCACGAAUUACGGACGACCGUUAAAGUGAAAAAAGAUCGAUUCGGCGACGACAUGAUCUACCCGUGGAUCGGUUCGGUGCCCAACGAAGAUCUGCAAGACGAUUACUUCAAGAAGAAACACCACAUCGUCGUGACGGAACAAACCCAAACGGGCGUUCGCGUAUUUUUGGAAAUCGACAAUCGCAAAUGCAGCACCGCCCAAUCGCCGUCGGACUCGAACUCCGACUAUUGCUUCCAAACGGCCAUCGCCGCCGCCGAUUUCCUCGCCGCCAAGGCGUCCAAACAACCGCUCUCGUCGCUCUUUCCCAUCUUCCAAGUGAACGGUUCGACCGACAAAGAGGACGUCGACGAUCGCGCGCCCAACGCCAAAUACUUCAUCGUCGGCGUCCUGCUCGUCUUCGGCGUCGGUUUGCUCAUCGUCAUGGUCGUUCAAACGCAGCGCAAACGCGCCGCCGGCAUCACCUGGUUCCCCGAAGGUUUCCUGCGCGCCGAUUCGGGCGCUCGCCGGCGGUCGCGCCGCCGCGGCCCCGAAGGCCAGGAGCUGCGCAACCUCGGCAAGAUGCCCGGCAUGGACGUCGAGCCGGACGGCCACCGAGGCCACCACGCGCCCCACUGGUCGGACGACGAGGCGGACGUGCCGCGGCCGAAGCGGUUCCGCGCCGCCAUCGCCGAUGACGGCGGCGGCGGCGGCGGCUACGCCGACGAUCGCACCGCCAUCACCGACUACGAGGAGGCGGAGCCGCGCUGGACGCAGCAACACCUGAACGCCGCCGACAUCAGGCCGGCGGCGAUGCUGACGCCGCCGCAGGCGAACGACGCCGGUGAUAUCAACGCCCGGGGGCCGUGCGGCAUGACGCCCAUCAUGGUGGCGGCCGUGCGAGGCGGCGGCGUCGAUACGGGCGUCGACGAAGACGACGACGACGGCGCCGGACAGAUCAUACAGGAUUUGGUGGCGCAAGGGGCCGAGCUGAACGCCACCAUGGACAAGACCGGCGAGACUUCGUUGCAUUUGGCGGCGCGGUACGCGCGAGCCGAUGCCGCCAAACGUUUAUUGGACGCAGGAGCGGACGCGAACGCGCAGGACAACACGGGCAGGACGCCGUUGCACGCGGCCGUCGCCGCCGACGCCGUCGGCGUCUUCCAGAUAUUGCUCCGGAACCGAGCGACGAAUUUGAACGCGCGCAUGCACGAGGGCACGACGCCCCUGAUACUGGCCGCCCGCCUGGCCAUCGAAGGAAUGGUGCAGGACCUGAUCAGCGCCGAGGCGGACAUCAACGCCGCCGACAAUUCGGGCAAGACGGCCCUGCAUUGGGCGGCGGCCGUCAAUAACGUCGAAGCCGUUAACAUUCUGCUCGCGCACGGCGCCAAUCGGGACGCCCAAGACGAUAAGGACGAAACACCGCUGUUCCUGGCGGCGCGCGAAGGCUCCUAUCAGGCUUGUAAGGCGCUAUUGGAAGCCUACGCUAACAGAGAAAUAACCGAUCACAUGGAUAGGCUGCCCAGGGACGUGGCGGGCGAGCGAUUACAUCACGAUAUCGUUCGAUUGUUGGACGAACACGUGCCGAGGAGUCCCCAAAUGGUCAACGUCAUACCCAACAAUAGCAUAAUAACUUCGACGAGCGGCCACAUGCUGCAACAACCGACCGUCAUAAUGACGAAGAGGCAAAAAUCGAAGAGGCCGAGUAAAAACGCGGCCGGUCCGACGAGUCCCGAUAACGAAGGAAUGUUCACAUCAGGCAGCAUCAGACGUAAACCCAGCGUCAAGAAAACCAACAACAAAAAGUCGAUGCAACAACAGGAGAUCCCUCAAAGCAUCGAUACCAUCACGUCGUCGUUGAGUCCCGUGGAAUCCCCCAUGACGAACGUACCGAGUCCCUACGACGCCGCUACGCUUUACUCGAAUCUGAACCAACAGGGUCUGGAGAAUCUGAUGGCGAACAACAAACAACCGCCCAGCUACGAGGACGUCGUCAAAAACAACCUCGGCUUCCCGUUGGACAACAACUACGGCGCCUUCAAUCUCUUCCCCGAGGCGAUGUUGAUGCAACAGCAGCGCCAGCUGCAGGCCAACACGCUCAGUCCGCCCUAUUCGAACCAAUCGCCGCCGCAUUCGGUGCAAUCGAACCUGUCGCUGUCGCCGCAGGGCUACAACGGUUCGGCGUCGCCGGCCAAGACGCGCCCGUCGCUGCCGACCAGUCCGACGCACCGCGCCGCCAUGAUAGCGGCGACGCACCAGAAGCAGGGCGGCGGCGUGCCGCAGGCGCAACACCUGCCGAUGGGCUUCGAUUUCAGCCAGACGGGGCUCGAGCUGCCGCUGACGGCGUACGGCGGAGUGGCGACGGCGGCGGCGGCGCCGGCGCAAUACCAACAGCCGAACUACUAUCUGACGCCGCCGAGCCAGCACAGCGAUCACCUGUUGCCGGAGAAUUUUCUGACGCCGAGUCCGGACAGUCCCGGUCAUUGGUCGUCGAGCUCGCCGCGAUCGUGUAAUUCGGAUUGGUCGGACGGCGCGCAGAAUUACGUGCAGAACACCAAAAGCUCGGACCUUUAUAUAUGA